CAGGCGGCAGGCACCAACAUGUGGGCGCCAAGGCCAUCCAAGCCAAGUUUCGUGGGCCAUCUUUCGCCGCCGCGAAAAGGACAGUCGUUCAUUGUUGGUUGGAUUGGACAGCAAAUCCUCCACGGUACCCGUUUUAUAUAACUCAAGAAGGCAGCUGCAAGGACACAAUGGUGUCAAGGAGCCACCUCAGCACGACUCCACAUGGUGCAGAGGAGCGCACUCCAAAGCAUCAAAAUGCGUUGCCAUGCUAUUGGGACGAGAAAACUAAAAUGUUCUCGUCCAACACGUUUUCUGCAAGGAGAGGUCAGCGUAUUCUACGGUGCAGGCCGCGAUUCCACAGACAUGGGAAAAGCACUCAGCCGGCAUUGUUUUUCUGGUCGACGCGAUCGACCUUCUUCGGUCGAGUCGGCCGAUGGCGAAUUAGUAGGUCCCUGCACGGGCACUGAGCCAGACUGCCCCUGUGCCAUCUUCAAGAAGCUCGACGCGCUCAACGAUCGUCUGCGGUCGGUGGGACUCGAACUCGUGGAAAUCCUGCCCGGUCAACUGUCCCUCUCGUGGUACGAGUCGCCCUGGGAUUCCAGCAAGCUAGAGCCCGCCACAACGUCCCAAUACGACGCCCGCAAGAUGGCGGCAGACAUCCAGUACCCCUCCGCGGGGGGCGACGCCCAGGUCACAGCGAAGACAGAGGACAGAAUGCGUGUCCUGACUAUAGUCCAAGAUGUCCUUGCGACGCACCGCUGCGUCAUCGCGGUCGACGUCGCUGGCCGAAUGUUCGGCGCUCACGAAGAUCUUAUCCGCGACGCCAUCACACGGGCCGGCUCGUCUCUGAGGGCGCUCAGGGUUCGCUCCGUGUACCACGUGAAUCAGCCACUUGUCGACAGCCUCUGCGACGCUGUGGGUUCCCUGAGCCGACUGCGAGAGCUUGCCUGGACCCAUGACAAGCUGCAGAGACCUCCUUGCGGCAGGCUCCUGGCCUUCCUGCGGACGACGUCGACGCUGACAUCGCUCGACUUGACAGAAGUCCACAUGCCUUUUCCACACGCCGAUGCGUUCUUUGGAGCUCUCAAGAAAAACGUCAGCUUGAGGAGGUUGACGCUCAGCGCUUGCCUUGUGAUCCACGACCCCAACGAGACGAGCGCCCUGCUCCGGGACUACCUGACCAGCGGGCGUUGCGACCAGCUCUUGUCUCUGACGGUGCGCAGGAGCUGCACCAGCCACCCGCCCUCUCUGAGCGCCAUCGUGGAUGGUGUUUGCGAAAACCGGUCGUUGCAGGACCUGAGCGUCGCGGGAUUCUUCCUGGGCCGGUGGAACUUCUCCGUCGUCGCCAAGCUUCUCAACGAGAACCGAACGCUGCGGCGUCUCACGCUCAUUGGGACCUCCUGGUUCGAGGUCUUCCAGGGGAGCUUCACAUCCCGCGAGCACUGGAAGAAGCGCGAAUCCGAGGCACCCAAUGGAUUCCCUCGAUGCCUCCGGGCUUUGGCCGUGCACCGGUCACUGGAGCAGCUCACCGUCGACAUCUCCACGUUCACCAUAAAUGAGUGCUUCUCAUUCUGCGAGGCCGUUCGCGCCAACAAGACGCUGAGUGCGGUCACGCUGGCACGGAUUCGCAACGAAGACGUGGGAGCCAUAUGCAACGUCAUCCGCAAGACCGGCACCGAAGACCGAAUCCGCCUGGACCACGCCUACGUCCUCAGGGACGGCUGUUGUGAAAACGUGGUCGAGUAUCCUGCCCUGAUAAAGAAUGUGGUCCUGGAUUCCGAAAACUUCCGGGACCCGCAGAUGGUCGGCGAAGCUUUGCGACUGCUGCCCCAAUUCGUUCAGGUCAGCUCACUUUCUCUGACAGUGGUCUACGGUCAGCUGUUCAGCGAUGACGACGCCGUGCGCUCCGUCGUGGCGAAGUUUCUGGAGACAUCGAUGACGCUCAGGAGACUGGACCUCAGGCUGCACAUGAGCGGACCUCUCUACGGGAGUCACGAAGUCCUGCUGCGCGCGCUCGCGCGGAACACGAGUCUCAGAACGCUUCGGAUCCGCAAGACGCGCUUCACCGACCCCGAAAUCCAAUUGAUGGCCUCGGCGAUAGCGGACAGCACGACUCUGUGCGAGUUCGGGUUCUUCGUCGAAGACAACAACCGCGCCGCGCUCGAGGCAUUCCUCCGUGCAUUGGAACCGCAUUUCUCUAGCAACUACUCCAUGCUGGAGCUCAACCACAGUGCCAUUGAUGAGUGUCCGCAGUACCUAGCGGUCCAGCGAGUACUGAGGCGCAACCGGGCUCUGGCCAUGCGGGCAUCGCAUUACGUCAUGGGCGUCAACCGCAGCAAGCGAUGCGCCAGGGCACUGGAGAAGGUGUCCUGUGGUCAAGGCGUGGUCAGGACAGUCGCGGAGUUCGCCUCCAUUGACGAAUACACAGCGGCCGGUGUUGUUCAGCAGGCCCUGGAAGGGCUCGUCGACAUGACCACUUUCAUGAAGGCAGCGGGCGUCGUGCAAGAGAAUGUGGUCUGUCACCCGCUGUACGGAGAGAAGCAAGGCGGCCUGCGGUUGCAACUGGACCGACUGGAUGCAGAUAGCUGGCGGCACGUUAGACGGUACAUCAGAUUGGCUGACAUCGUGGACACCGAUUGUUAUCCACCUCUGUAACUCUAUUGUGCUGACGGUCAAUCCCUGUUGUUCAUCCGGGCAUUCUUGGCCACAACAGUGUACAAGGACUGACAGUGAAGAUAGGCAAAGACAUAGCGUGAUUUUUCCUCCUUGUUCAAUGUUCCCGUGCCCUCUUGUGGCCAAAUAUGACAGACUAAACCAGUUAUUUAUAUCCCAAGACCAUCAAGCUCACCAGCAUGCUUAAAUUUUGCAUGGCUCAUAAGUUAUUGAACACGUGACCUUCCUUUGUGCGUGGGAGGAAGACAACAUGCGUGUCACCAGCAUGCCUUUUACUAUGGGACAGAAGUGUAGUUUUUUUUUUUUUUUUCGAUGCAGAGCUUUAGUAUAACUGACAUACCCGCAUAUAUGUCUGCCAUAGUACAAGAGGAUGUAUUUCAGCGGCAGUUGAGGCUAGCAGAUACGUGGAGUACUGUUACUCACUGCAAGAAAUUUCCAUGUUUUGGUUAGGCAAGCUGCCAUCAUAUGUCUCCACAAACAGUGCUCAUCACUUGCCUUCCAGCAUUAUGGCAUCUGUUUAUCUAAACCUCUGCUAUGCUGAAACUAAAUCUACACAUGUAAUUUCUUGCAUCUUACAUUUGACUGCUGCAAGUAAGAGUUAUCUCUGGAGCCAUAGCACUGACCCUCUCUCAAUGUUGCAGUAUGUGUACUAACGUGUUCAGAUUAUGCUAAUUAUAUCGAAAUGUAUGCUAACCUCCCCUGAAAUUUUGUUACUGUUGCAGAGCGCUUCUAGAGUAAAGCAUCAAGAUUAAGGAUAUAUUUGCUACAUCAAAAUGUUCUCAAUAACCACGGCUCAUUAUUUUCCCAUUUUUAAUAUAACGAAUUUUGUCUAUGCACAGCUGAAUGAUCCCCAUUGUGCAAGCAUGGCAUAUUUGCAAUUUGUUAAAGCUGUAAAUAAAUGUUGUUUCAUUUGAACAUUGCUAAAUGGUCUAGUAGAAUUGCAGACGAUACUGAUGCUUAAGAGCCUCAGUAUGUAAGAAACAAAUACCUUUUGGGCACACACACAUUACCACACAGAAUGCCGCUUCUGUUGUCACUGCUGGGAAGAAAUGUUUCCCAUACUGGUACUUUAUUAUUUGACAAUUGCCACAGUCUUCACAAGUAGCAUGCUAUAUAACUGGUCCCGAUGUAUUUGGCUUUGUACAACUGCCUAUCAGAUCGCUUUAGUUAAGGAUGUAAACAGUAGAACCUCGUUGACACGAUACCGUUACAUACGAUUUCUUGGCGUCAACAUUUGUGAUUGAGAACACAAAUGACUAAAUACAGUAACACUGUUUUUAGCGGUUCGUAAGUUCCAGGAAAAUACAAUUUUUCGGCACUAAUGUUCAGUACAUUGCGAAACUGCGAUCGCAUACGUUUUUCGGCCAUUAGAUUCCAUGUAAACAAGAAAUUGCACCAGAAACGUGCGAUCAAGAACAGUAGCUAUCUGCCCGCCGCAUUAGCUUCCACGCAAUCCUCACCCGCCUGGCUCUAAUGCAUUAGACCGGUUCUGCCACCACAGGCUAAAUGGCAGCUUUCAUACACAAGUUACGUGCCUAAACGCCUCGGGCUAUCCUGAUGGAUUACUAGUCUCCGUAGCUGAGACGAUCUGCAGGGAAAGAAGGAAACAUAACAGCGAGGUUACAGCUACCGACGAGCAGACUGGAAUCGCUACAACCUUACAGUCCUUUUUCAUACAGACAUCAAGUCGCCCAUUGACUUUAAAAAAAUCGGUGGGCGGGUCAGUGUAUGUGUGUUUUUUUUGCCCCACGCAGGCUUUGUUCAAUAUCUAUGAGAAGCAUCCCUAUCAACACAAAGCCCAGUGUGAAGUUGAGCACCAUAACCAAUACGCGGGUUGUGAGCGAGGGGUCGUGUACAGAAUCCCCUUCAAAUGCGGCGCAUGCUACGUGGAACAGACUGGCAAGUAACGAUUGUCUGCGUUAACAUGGCAAUAAUGUCAGGACCGGGAAGGAAGGUUUUUAGCUCUCCAUUGCAGCGCAUGCGGCUGUAAACCGGUGUUCGAGAAAACAAAAGUAACCUUUAAGCAUAUGGAUGAGUGCGCAAGCAUCAUUGUUGAACCGGCCAGCAUGGCAUGAGAAGAUUACCCAUGCAUUAGUAAGCCAUCCCUGGACUUAUCGCGAAAGGAGUUGGCAUUCUUGGGCAACGCCAGCACAUGCAGUGGGUGGUGAUGGUAUUUUGUUUUUAUUUCAUUUUUUUCUUCUUUCCCAUAUAAAACCUUGCAUUGGACAAUAAAAAUUUGGCAGUAAGCACUUGU